AUGGGGAUCCUGAAACGUGUGAAACUCUACAUGAGAUCAUUUGACACAAGGCUGUGCAUCCAGAGUCAAGAAGUCGCCAAUAUAUUGCAAAAUGAUGAGACGUCAGCAAAGUCAGCCUACAAAGUAGCCAUCAAGAGCAAUGGCACGGUGCUCAGUCAAAUGCUCAUUGUAAUAGAGUGCACUGAGACUUACAAUGGAAACCACUCGGGGCCCUGUGGCUCGCUUCGACGCUCAGUCAACACUCUGAUGGCGCUAAUGUUAGCUCAGAUAACUCCGACAAAGGAGAAAACUGCUGCGCAGGUGCGGUACGCUACCGAUGUGGCACCCGAUCCUUGGCCAUCUCCAUAUUAG